CACCGCGCGCAGCCUGUCAGUGUCAGGGGGCUGGGCCGGCCUCCGAGCGUGUCUGUUGCUGCCGGCCUCUCUUCCUCACCCGGCCCGGAACUGGAGGCGACCCCGGCCCAAAGCCCCUCAUCGUCGGCCUCUCGUCCCUGAUCCGGGCAUGAGGCGGUGACGGAGCCCGGGGGCGCCGCGCGGGGCCUGAGGCGGAGGAGUGUGAGGGAGAGGCUGUCUGAGUCAGUAUGUGUGCGUCGGUCAAGUACAACAUUCGGGGUCCUGCCCUUAUCCCAAGAAUGAAGACAAAGCACCGUCUGUACUACAUCACCCUCUUCUCAGUGGUUUUACUAGGCCUCAUCGCCACGGGCGUAUUCCAGUUUUGGCCCCAUUCCAUCGAGUCUUCAAGUGACUGGGCAGUGGAGAAGCGCAGUGUCCAUGAUGUGCCGGUGGUCAAACUGCCUGCUGACAGCCCCAUCCCAGAGCGGGGAGACCUCAGCUGCCGAAUGCAUACCUGCUUUGAUGUCUACCGCUGUGGUUUCAACCCAAAGAACAAAAUCAAGGUGUACAUCUACUCACUGAAAAAGUAUGUCGAUGACUUCGAGGUACCAGUCAGCAACACCAUUUCCCGGGAGUACAAUGAGCUGCUCACAGCCAUUUCAGACAGUGAUUUCUACACGGAUGACAUCAACCGGGCCUGCCUCUUUGUGCCAUCUAUAGACGUGCUCAACCAGAAGACGCUGCGCAUUAAGGAGACGGCACAGGCAUUAGCCCAACUUGCCAGGUGGGAUCGAGGCACAAAUCAGCUAUUGUUCAAUAUGUUACCUGGGGAACCUCCAGAUUAUAAUACGGCCCUGGAUGUCCCCAGAGACAGGGCCCUUCUGGCUGGUGGUGGCUUCUCCACGUGGACCUAUCGCCAAGGCUACGAUGUCAGCAUUCCUGUCUAUAGUUCCCUGUCAGCUGAGGUGGACCUACCAGAGAGGGGACCAGGCCCCAGGAGGUAUUUUCUUCUGUCAUCGCAGAUGGCUCUUCAUCCCGAGUACCGCUCAGAUCUGGAGGCCCUCCAAGCCAAGCAUGGGGAGUCGGUGCUGGUCCUGGAGAAGUGCACCAAUCUCUCCGAGGGUGUCCUUUCCACACGCAAGCGAUGCCACAAGGACCAGGUCUUUGAUUACCCCCAAGUCCUACAGGAGGCUUCUUUCUGUGUGGUCCUUCGUGGAGCCCGGCUGGGCCAGGCAGCUCUGAGUGAUGUUCUUCAGGCCGGCUGUGUCCCAGUUAUCAUUGCUGAUUCCUACGUCCUGCCCUUUUCAGAGGUUCUGGACUGGAAGAGGGCAUCUGUGGUUAUACCUGAGGAGAAAAUGCGAGAGAUGUACAGUGUGUUGCGGAGCAUCCCCCAGAGGCAGAUUGAGGAAAUGCAGAGACAGGCCAGAUGGUUCUGGGAAGCCUACUUCCAGUCAAUGAAAUCUAUUGCUAUGGCCACCCUUCAGAUCAUCAAUGACCGGAUCUACCCAUAUGCUGCCAUCUCUUAUGAAGAAUGGAAUGAUCCUCCAGCUGUUAAAUGGAGCAGUGUGAGCAAUCCUCUGUUCCUUCCAUUGAUUCCGCCACAGUCCCAGGGCUUCACUGCCAUUGUCCUCACCUACGAUCGAGUGGAGAGCCUCUUCAGGGUCAUCACAGAGGUAUCCAAGGUGCCCAGCCUCUCUAAGCUGUUAGUCGUCUGGAACAACCAGAAUAAAAACCCUCCAGAAGAUUCUCUUUGGCCCAAGAUCCGGGUUCCUUUGAAAGUUGUGAGGACAGCGGAAAACAAACUGAGUAAUCGGUUUUUCCCGUAUGAUGAGAUUGAAACCGAAGCGGUGCUUGCUAUUGAUGACGAUAUCAUCAUGCUGACCGCGGAUGAGCUACAGUUUGGCUAUGAGAUGAGGAAACUGAGGCUGAAACAGGGGAAGCAACUAGCUCGAGGUCCCGCAGCUCAUCAGAGGCCUCCUGCCUCCCAGGUCUGGCGUGAGUUUCCUGAUAGACUGGUGGGAUACCCCGGCCGCCUGCACCUCUGGGACCAUGAGAUGAGCAAGUGGAAGUAUGAGUCAGAGUGGACCAAUGAAGUAUCGAUGGUGCUCACGGGAGUAGCCUUUUACCACAAGUAUUUUAAUUACCUGUACACCUACAAAAUGCCUGGAGACAUCAAGAACUGGGUGGAUGCUCACAUGAACUGCGAAGAUAUUGCCAUGAACUUCCUGGUGGCCAAUGUUACAGGGAAAGCUGUCAUUAAGGUGACUCCACGUAAAAAGUUCAAAUGUCCUGAGUGCACAGCCAUCGAUGGGCUCUCCCUGGACCAGACGCAUAUGGUGGAAAGAUCUGAAUGCAUCAACAAAUUUGCCUCCGUCUUCGGGACCAUGCCCCUCAAAGUGGUAGAGCACCGAGCUGACCCAGUCCUCUAUAAAGAUGACUUCCCUGAAAAAUUGAAGAGCUUCCCCAACAUUGGCAGCUUAUGAAAGAUGUGACUGCCAGAGGACCAAUUAAAAAGAAGCAGGGGACUCAGGGCUCUGUGGAGCAGGGUACCUGGGCAAGGGCUCUUGAGGGGGGCUUUGGCCUCCCAAAUACAGAAGAUAGUAAUCCCCUUUCCUUUCUCCCCCCAGAAGGCAGGCCUGGGAAUCUAGACUGUAUGUUGUCUGAGCUAACAUGCAUUAUGGGCUCUGGUGAACCCAUUUGAAAAUGCAAAAUGGAAGCCUGAGUCCAUAGCAUCUGUAUUUGCUGCAGACUGAAAUUCCAGGACCUCUGACUUGUUGUGACUGGCUGCCUGUUCUAGCCUUGGUACAUUUGAGAUGUUGCCUGCCUACAGUUUUUAGCUUAAGGAAAUCAUGGAAAAAAGCAUCCCCAUCUCAUUUUUACUUUUUCCUAAUCAGUAGGCUCUUUGGGGAAAAAACCCUGACUUGGGUUCAAAUACCAAACAGCAGAUCACGAUUCAUAGAUGAGACGUUGGCUACAGCCUGGGGUUGUGGGACUUGGUUCAAGACGAGCGGCUUGGAGUCCGUUGUGUACCACGUACCAUUGUUCCUUGGUCUGGCUUUUUAAUAUAAUUAAAUUUUAUUUUUUACCUUUU